AGGAAGAGGAAAGGGAAAGAAAGAAGCAGCGCAAUAAACACACACUACUCUUCAGAGUUUGAAGCACCUUAGCCUUAUUCUUGCUAAGACCUCUCUUUCUCUCAUCCCUUCGCAUCACAUUUCUCUCUCUCUCUCUCGCAUAUAAAGCACACAAUCUUUAUAUUUGAUUCCAAAUAAUCAUUAUUUUCCUGCGUAAAUAGAUGGUAGCUAGCAAGAGAGAGGUAUAGAGAGAGAGAGAGAUGGAGAAGUACGAAGCUAUCAAGAACUUUGAUGAAGACGAUGAGGAUGUUGAGAUGGCAGUCCAGCAGAUCUCUGAUUCAAGAUCUGCCAGCACCGCCACCAUUGCUACACCACAACGCCAAACAAGGCCUAACAGCACCAAGACUGUUCAGGAAGUCUCUUCUUCAAAGCACCAACCUCCAUCUCAGUCUCAGCGUCUUCUUUCACUUGAUGUCUUUCGUGGCCUCACUGUUGCGCUGAUGAUACUGGUGGAUGAUGCUGGUGGUAUUGUUCCGGCACUCAAUCACUCCCCAUGGAAUGGUUUGACAAUAGCAGAUUUUGUCAUGCCAUUCUUUCUUUUCAUUGUUGGUGUUGCACUUGCCCUCACGUACAAGAAGCCAUCUUGCAGAGCUGAUGCGACAAGAAAAGCAUUUCUACGAGCUCUGAAGCUUCUCGUAUUGGGCCUUUUUCUUCAAGGUGGUUAUUUUCAUCGCCUGACUGACCUGUCAUUCGGGGUGGAUAUUAAGCGCAUAAGAUUGAUGGGAAUACUGCAGAGAAUUGCAUUAGCAUAUUUGGUGACAGCACUGUGUGAAAUUUGGCUCAGAAGUGAUGAUACUGUUAACUCAGGAUCAUCCCUAUUAAGGAAGUAUCGAUACCAGUGGGCUGUGUCUUUGCUUGUAUCUGGAAUUUAUCUUUCCUUGCUGUAUGGGUUAUAUGUUCCUGAUUGGGAGUAUCGGAUUGCCACUGAGUCUUCUUCAGAGCCAAAAAUAUUUUCAGUUAAAUGUGGAGUAAGGGGUGACACUGGACCAGGCUGCAACGCUGUUGGAAUGAUUGAUCGAACAAUAUUGGGUAUACAACAUCUGUAUGGGAGACCAAUAUAUGCACGGACGCCUGAAUGCAGUAUUAAUUCCCCUGAAAAUGGACCAUUGCCUCCUGAUGCUCCUUCUUGGUGUCAGGCCCCCUUUGACCCUGAAGGACUCUUAAGCUCGGUGAUGGCCAUAGUUACUUGCUUGGUUGGCUUGCACUAUGGACAUAUUAUUGUCCAUUUCAAGGACCAUAGAGUUAGAAUCCUAUACUGGAUGAUCCCAACCUCUUUUCUUGUAGUUUUUGGCUUUGCAUUGGACUUAUUUGGAAUGCACAUAAACAAGGCUCUCUACACAUUCAGUUAUAUGUGUGUCACUGCUGGCGCUUCCGGUGUCCUCUUUGUUGGAAUUUAUUUGAUGGUUGAUGUAUGUGGAUAUAGUCGCUUGACUAUGAUUAUGGAAUGGAUGGGCAAGCACGCAUUAAUGAUUUAUAUUCUUGCUGCUUGCAAUGUUUUUCCCAUUUUCAUCCAAGGAUUUUAUUGGGGAAAGCCUCAGAAUAACAUUCUGAAGUUAGUUGGAGUUGGUACUUAAUACGAAGGCACACAUAUAUAAACUUCGUUUAGAAGAAUAUAUAUACGGAAUCAGAUGGCGAGACAUAUUUUUGUGUCGCUGUCUUUGAAGGUAGCGGCUACAAUGCAAGAGGAACAUGAAUUUUGGAGCAGGCCAUUUUGCACAAGGACGUGAACCAUGCCCUUCUCUAUUCACUUGAUGAAAGAUAAAAUGAGUCAUGCAUGGAUGAUAUGGAUGCAUAUAUUAUAUAAUAUUAAGAGUAGCAGCAUCUAUUUUCCAAUUAUAUAUGGAGCAGCUUUUGUUCAUACUACGACAUAUAUUUGUAUUAAAUAUUAGAUUUCUAUAUAUAUAUAAGCUAAGUAAGCAUUUGACAUUUGACACAUUAUUAUUAAUGUACAAUUUAUAUUAGUUCUAUAUUUAUAUA